AGAAAAACUUCACGAUUCACUUUCGUUUACACGCCCAGCAGAUCUGAAUUAGUGAUACUGCUGUAAGGACAAUGUCGGGAUAGUGGUGACUGUUCGUGCAGGAAAUAGAAAUAACAGGAAAGCAUUUCGUGUUGCGCAGAUCGAUCAUGGCAGGUCGGUGUUGGCUGGAGUCUUCACUUGAUCGCUCGUCAAAACUCGGAAUUGAGGUGUUGCAGAGAGCCAGAAGACGAUCGGAAAGGUGGAAGAGUGUAAGAGCGUCUCAUCGAGAUCAUUCUGGCAGUGAGAAGCACACGGAAGUUCUGGAGCACCCUGCUACCCGGAUGACCUUGGAUGAUGCUUUUGCAAAAAUAGUGGAGUGCAUGUCUGAAACCAGCAAUCAAUGCAAGACGUUUUACAGAUCUGCCAGUGCAGCAGAGCUUCGGGAACAAGAGCGAGCCCAUGUGUGUCGAUUUCAUGCUAAGACUUCAAGACAAAUUCAAACCACCACCUUAACCUCCAAAAGAGCUCAGUACACUGGUUUGUCCGAACCAGAGGAUUUCUUGAUUGAAGUGUCUCCAGGUACUUAUGCCAUUACAGCAGCAAUGCAGGAUGCCGGCCCACAGACCCGAGUGGUACACGUCAAUGCAGGGGAGAGCACGAGACUCACAUUCAACCUCUGACCUCAAGCUACUGUCCUCAGGGUUGAGGAAGUUUCUAAAUACAGUGAAACAUCUGGGCAUCUCAAACACAGUAUAACUUCCUUGCACUUAAAACUGAAAAUAACAGAAUUUAAGCUCUUUGGUGCACUUAAUGUAAUGUAUAAUGUACCUUGUAAUGUGUACAUGUACUACUCAGGGUUUUUUCUACAGGACUGAUUCUGAACAAUUAUGAUC